AUGAGAGUAUCAAGAACACUCUUGAUCACUGUUCUGGCUCUUGCAGCUGGUAACGAAGCCAAAUUAUUUGGCAAAGACAAGCCCGUCUACGAAGAUUGGUCUCUUGAUCAAUCUGUCGCAUUCCUCAACGAACAAGGAAUCGCAGUAAAAGACUCUGCAACUCUUGCUGAGAUUCAAAAACAAGUAGCUGACAAUGCCGAUGCUGCUGCCAAGUGGGGUGCUGCUGCCGCUGGAUCAGCUCAAGCUCACUACGAAGCCUACAGCGAUUCCCUUCUCGACACCUGGACCGAAAGCCAGUUGAGAGAAUGGCUAUUGGAGAAAGGAGUUGUUUCCCCUCAAUCCAACCGAGAAGCUCUUUUAGUAAAGGCUAAACAAGCCGCUUCUGCCGCUUCGACCGCCGCUUACGGUCACCCCACCGAUCAAGCUGCUUCCUCCGCAUACUCAGCCGCUUCAUCUGUAUCUUCAGCAGGAUACAACGCCGCUUCUUCAGUCUCUUCCGGCUACUACGCUGCUUCUUCCCAAGCUGCAUACGCAUCCGCAAAAGCUCAAAAGAAGCUUGAUGAUGCCAAAGAUUAUGUGUUCUCAACCUGGGAUGACAAUCAGCUCCGAACAUGGCUCGAACAACACGAAGUAGUCUCAACUCCCGCUCCUACCGGUCGAGCUGCUCUUCUUAACAAUGUUAAGGCAGCAUACCUCAAGGCUACUUCUCCGAUCUACGAGGCUUGGUCUACUUCAAACAUUCACGAAUGGUUGGUUGACCACGGUAUCGUCCACCCUGAACCCACCGCCCGAGAGAAGCUCAUCGACCUCAUGAAAGACAACUAUUACGACAGCAAAGAUACCGCUUACUCCAAAUGGACUGAAUCUCAAGCCCGAGACUGGUUGAUCUCUGAAGGUGUAAUCACCGACGCAGCCGACCUCAAGAAAGAGAAAUAUGAGAAACUCCUCAACGAGCACUACACUCGAUCCAAGAACACUGUCUGGAGCGGAUGGUACGACUCUGAGAUCCGAACUUGGCUCGUCGACCACGGCUAUCUCAAAUCUGAUGCUCAAGCUAAGCGAGACGAGUUGGUCAGCCUAAUCUCUACCAAAUACAAGGAGAACACCAACGCACCAUACCUUGCCUGGCCCGAUGCUCGUCUCCGAGCUCAACUUAGAUCUUACGGUAUCGAUGACACUAAGUUCACUACCCGACCUUCUCUUGUCCAUGAGGUUCGAAUCCACUACGUCCAAUCUCAAAACAAGGUCGAACAAAUUCUUAACUCCAUUCGAGAGACCAUCUCAGGCGGUGUUGAAUUCGCUGAGGAGAAACUCGCUGGAGUCCUUGAGCUUCUUACCGCCUCCAAGUUGACCGCCGAAGAGAAACUCGACAAAGCUUACGCUUCCGUAUCAUCCGUUUAUGAGCACGCUGUAUCUUCCGCCAGCUCUGCCGGAAACUACUACGGUGCUAGUGCCACCUCCGCUGCCUCUGUUGCCUCCGUCAGUGCUUAUGCUUCCGCCUCUUCUGCUUCCGUUGCUGCCGUGUCCGCUGCUUCAUCCCUCUCAAGCAGUCUUUCAUCUGCCGCUUCAUCCGCUUCUAGCGUCGCUGCCAAGUCCGCCAACAACCCCUCUUUGACCUCUGCUGCCUCCGUUGCUAGCAAGUCUGCUUCAUCUGCCGCUUCUUACGCUUCCUCUUCCGCUUCUUCCCUCGCUUCAUCUGCUUCAUCCGCCGCAUCCGUCUUCGCCCACUCGGCUUCCCUCUCAGCUUCCUCUGCCUCCAAAUCAUGGUCGCUCUCCGCCGCAUCCGCCUCCAAAGCUGCUGUUGAGACUUCCGCCUCUGUCUCCAAGUCACUUAGCAGCGCUUACUUGGUAGCUUCCAAGUCUGCUGUUUCAGCUUCAUCCGUCGCUGCCGCUUCAGCCUCUUCAGCUAGCAAAUCAGCCUCGUCUUACUCUGCUUCUUUGAGUAGCAUCAGUGCCAAAGCAAGUAAAUCUGCCAAGAGCGAACUUUAA